UGCAAUCUAAACAUCCUGAAUACUAUCAUUCCUAUAAAGUCUCCAUUAAUGCAGAAAAUCUAGAAAAAGCCAAAUCAUGUGAUAUCUGGCCGAGUGAUGCUUAUGUGUCGAUGUUUUUCCACAGGAAAACCACACGAAAGGAACAAACAUGACCAACAAUAAAACUAAAGAUGAUACACACACCUUCCAAGUGUUACAUUUGAAUAUUCAGGGACUGAGUCCCCAUAAGGUAAAUGAAUGGGACCUGUUUCUCAUGGAAAAUAAUAUGUGUGAUGCGAUCUGUGUGACAGAGCACUGGCUGCCAUUGGGGGUUGCAGACACAUACUGCUCAAGUGGUUGGCACGUAGCUUCCAAUUUCUCAAGAACAAGAAAUAAACGUGGAGGUACGAUGAUUUUAAGUAGAAACCAUGAAUACGAAGUCCUAGGAAAAAUAGUGGAGUUAUCAGUAGAAGUUGAUUGUGAAGUAGCUGCUAUAAAGAAACAGGGGUUAACCCUGAUAUCAGUUUAUCGUUCACCUGUGAUUUUAAUGUGUGUUUUAAUAUAAAUAGCAAUAAUGUACUGGACAGGAACGCAGAAGUACUGUUGGAGGUCUUUCAAUCGUACGGUUUGAAGCAAACAAUAUAUGAGCCAACGAGGAA